AAGAAGAGUUUUGUUUAACAUCUAAAGCCGUGUAAAGUUGUUGCUGCGUAUUCUAAUAUUUGUUUGAGAGGAAUAAUAGGCAGCAUCAUUUGUUUUUGAUCGAAAUUAAUUUGCACGUGCUUGUUUUAAAGAGUUUUAUAAGUUAAAAUAAAUAAAAUUACUUUAAAAUGUAUCUAAUGUACACUUUGAAUGAGCAAGGUGAACGUGUUUACACCUUGAAGAAACGCACUGAAGAUGGAAGACCCACAAUUUCUGCACAUCCAGCACGUUUUUCUCCAGAAGAUAAAUAUUCUAGACAUCGCUUAACAAUAAAGAAGCGUUUUGGUUUACUUCUAACACAGAGACCUGAACCCAUCUAUUAAAUUAUUUUAAUUCGCAGAC